AUGGAGAUCCCGGUAGGUCAAGACUAAAAUUAGACCUCGACAGCGGCCAGAGUGUGAUGUUUUAGCAAGGGAUACCCGAUCACAAGGCCUGGCAGAACAAGUUUCCCAUGCGUGACAUUUAACAGCGCAUGUUAACCUAGGAGACGAGCUGUGCAUAAUGCGCCGCCAGUGCUGCCUCUGCAAGUCGAUUUAUUCUUCUCGGGGGUCCGCAUAUGAGCAAAAAUGUCUUUUUUAACCAUACCAGGUCAAGAGAGUAUUUUCGUUCCCAUCAAAACUGGCAGGUCACCUGACCAGGCAGAGGGACACUUGGCAGAUGAUGACGACGACGAAGACGACGAUGAGGGAAGCGAGAACGUGCGCCUGAUCCCAAGAUGCUCCCCGGUGCCCAGGAGACGAGGCGCGUCCAUCCACGACGAGACUGCCGAGUACAUGCGCAUCCAAGCAUCGCUGUCCCCCGGAAAGCGAGUGUCGUUCGCAGACACGACAGGCGGAGACCUCGUGGACGUCCGCGAGUUCGUCACCUUCGAGUCGGAGGACGAAGAGGACGCUGCAAAGUGGGAUGAAGAGCGAGCAAAGUAUGGCCCACCUGACCGAGAACCGGUGUUCCUUGUGCACUCGGACUUUGAGCCCCCCGAUGGAGGCGCGUUGCUGGAGGCCGUGCGCGAUCAUAAAGUGUGCGUCGAACACGUCGGCCCCUUAGAGGAUGAGCCCCUCGCCUUUAGUGGCCUUGUGCGGGUGCUCAACGUGUCCUUCCACAAGGCAGUUUACAUCAGGUCCACCAUGGACAACUGGGAGACAUACUUCGAUCACCCCGCAGAGUAUCUCCACGGAUCCCAUGAAGGGGAGACAGAUACGUUCUCCUUCAAGCUCUCUUUUGCGCCCCCCUACGUCACACACGGCUCUCGCAUUGAGUUCGUUGUCCGCUAUGAAACCACUGAGGGGGAUCACUGGGACAAUAACUCCCAUAUGAACUACACGGUGACUCUGCUUCUGUCCUAUAAAAAAGCGAAAUCACUGGAGACUGACGGUGGACAGCAACAAGUGAAGGGGAUCAUAAAAUCCCCCAAAGACUACAGUAUGUGCAGCGAUUUACACUCAUCCAGCGAUGAAGGUGAAACAGAGACCUCAGGGUCAGCAAGUGGGAGUUGUGAAGGAUGGUGUCCAGUCGUCAUAUUGCCGGAGAGUGACAAGGAGGAAAGCUCAAUCUUGGAAGAACUGGAGAGCAAGCAGCAGAUUCCGCAGCUAAGAAAAUAAAUCCUAAACUAGCAAAACUGCCAUUCGUCUUUCGGGUCAAAUAGUCCACCACAAUGAGUGUUUGAAUUCUGUUGAAAUGAUUUCAAAUUUCGAAAAAGGCAUUCAAGUGUACAGUAAAAGCAGUUUGUGUUUUAA